UCGAGUUACCAUAAGGGAAGUUAUGUCUGCCAGUGGAAAGCAUUAUUAUAUGGUGCAGUUUAUAGAGAGCGUUGAAACUUUUUGCUACAGGAAUUCUGCUAGGAUACCUUUUUACAGCGUUAGGUCCAGAGUGGGUGGUUAAAGCGGAACCAAGAUGUUCGCGGGGCUGCCUGAACUCGGCAUAGCCAACGGCGAAGACUUAAAGGAAACUCUAACCAACUGCACAGAACCUCUCAAAGCCAUUGAUCAGUUCCAGAUGGAAAAUGGGAUCCUGCUGCCGACGCUGCAGUCUGCUCUUCCUUUCCUCGACCUCCAUGGGACCCCCCGGCUGGAGUUCCACCAGUCUGUUUUCGACGAGCUUCGAGACAAGCUGAUGGAGCAAGUUGCCGUCAUUGCAGAGGGCAAGGAAGAAGACAGAUAUGGAAAGCUUGAAGAGCUGCUGGAGAAGAGUUUCCCUCUGGUGAAAAUGCCUUCCAUACAGCCGGUGGUGAUGCAGGUGCUCAAGCAUCUUCCCAAGGUACCAGAGAAGAAACUGAAGAUGGUCAUGGCUGACAAAGAGCUCUACAAGGUGUGUGCUGUCGAGGUGAAAAGGCAGAUCUGGCAGGACAACCAGGCUCUGUUCGGGGAUGAGGUGUCCCCCCUUCUGAAGCAGUACAUCGUGGAGAAGGAAGCAGCUCUUUUUAGCAACGACCUCUCCAUUCUGCACAACUUCUUCAGUCCGACGCCGAAAACACGGCGCCAGGGCGAGGUGGUGUUAAAGCUGACCCAGAUGAUUGGGAAGAACGUAAAGCUGUACGACAUGGUGCUGCAGUUCUUACGAACACUCUUCCUACGAACACGGAACGUCCACUACUGCACACUGAGAGCAGAGCUGCUGAUGUCUCUACAUGACCUGGACAUCAGUGAGAUUUGCUCCGUGGACCCCUGCCAUAAGUUCACUUGGUGUUUGGACGCCUGCAUCCGAGAGAAGUUUGUGGAUGGCAAACGAGCCAGAGAGCUGCAGGGUUUCCUGGAUGGUGUGAAGAAGGGACAGGAGCAGGUCCUCGGAGAUUUGUCCAUGAUCCUGUGUGACCCGUUUGCCUGCAACACCCUGGUCUUGAGUAUAAUACGCAACAUACAGGAGCUGCUGAGUCAAGAUGCUUUGCCAAGAGACAGCCCAGACCUGCUGCUGCUUCUGAGGAUGCUGUCUCUGGGUCAGGGAGCGUGGGACAUGAUUGACAGCCAGGUCUUUAAAGAGCCUCGUUUGGAUUUAGAGGUGGUGACCCGCUUCCUGCCAGCAAUGAUGUCUGUGGUUGUUGAUGAUCACACAUUUACUGUCGAGCAGAAGCUUCCCAGUGAAGAGAAAAGCUCCCUGAGCUAUCCCACCACGCUGCCAGAUGCAUUCACCAGAUACCUGCAGGACAACAGAGUGGCUUGUGAAAUGGGGCUCUACUACGUUCUCCACAUCGCCAAGCUGAGGAACAAGAACGCUCUGCAGAGGUUACUACCUGCACUGGUGGAGACCUACAAUGACAUGGCUUUUGGUGACAUCUUCCUCCACCUGCUGACGGGACACCUCACACUACUCUCUGAUGAGUUUGGAUCAGAGGAGUUUUGCACUGUUGUCUUUGAUAGCUUCCUCCUUACUUCAUUCUCCAGUAAAGAAAAUGUCCACAGACACAUUCUCCGCUUGUUGCUGCAUCUCCACCACAAAGUGCUGCCAUCAUGUUUGGAAGUGCUGAUGCAAACCCUGGAGCCUCCGAAACAGUGCAGUGAGCCUCUGAAGGAGCUGCACAACCAGUUGACAGAAAAGCUCGAGGCACAAAAGAAGAGUCCGGCACCACCGGACGAGUCCUCAUCUCUGGACCUGGGGCUGCAUCCUGUGACAGUGCCCACCACCACCUCUGUCCCAACCACCCCCCUCUGAGGGAUGCCACAAGCCGAAAGAGCUGGAGCUCUGAUUCAGCGAAUAAAUACUGUUAAUGGUUGGCAUCAAGAGCGGACAUUUUACAUUUCUGUGUGCUAUAGGAGGUUUUCUCUCACUGUGAGCCUCUGUAGAUCUUAGUGUUUCAUUCUUGCAUCACUAUUUAGCAUCAGGAUCUCUCUUUGCUACAGUUUAUCUUCUUGCAUUUUUGUCUAGAUAUACAGUAUUUUCAUAUGUAACUCAGUUAUCUCUGUGAACUAUUUGAACUGUGCCAGUGGUGUAAAUAAACAUAUUUACAAAACUA